AAUCAUCACAGUUAUAAUUUAACUUACCUCUAUAGAGGUUACGUUUCUAGAGACAAAUAUACUAAAAUUUCGAGUUCUUUAUGAUAAAGCGAAAUAAUUCUUGAUUAUUUUGCAAUUUAUUCAAUACAUUUUAGUACAAUAAUUUCUAAUUGUACCUUAUACACAAUUGUAUCUUUAACACUCCACCCUCACCUUAGAAAACAUAAGAUGAUUAUCCUAUCAACAAUACUUAGGUACUAACAGAGUGGUACAGAGUACUACAUACUUGACCCUUUUAAAAUAAAAAUUUAUACUGAAAAGAUCUGAUUACGGGAAAAUAUAUUUGCAUUAAUCUGUUUGAAACAAUAAAACCAUAAAAGAUGUCAGACAUAAAAGAUGAUAUAAAGAUGACAAAUGUAAAAACGUUAAUAAAUAUUCUAACUUUAAAUUGUUGGGGAAUACCAUAUGUUUCACGAAAUAGGAAUGUUCGUAUGACAGCAAUUGCAGAAAAAUUUGCUACAGAAAAUUAUGAUAUCAUUUGUCUACAAGAGGUAUGGUCUGUUAAAGAUUUCAAAAUGAUAAGAGCUAAGACAGAAGAACAGUUACCUUACUCACAUUAUUUUUACAGUGGAGUUCUUGGAUCUGGAAUUUGUAUCUUAUCUAGAUUUCCUAUUAAAGAUGUAAUAUUUCAUAAAUGGCCUUUAAAUGGAUAUGUACAUAAAAUACAUCAUGGAGAUUGGUUUGGUGGAAAAGGUGUUGGACUCUGUAGACUUCAAAUUCAUAAUAUGAACAUUAAUGUUUAUAUUGCACAUUUACAUGCAGAAUACAAUAAUCACAGUAAUGAAUACACAGCACAUAGAGUUCUACAAGCUUUUGAUACUGCCCAAUUUAUUAGAAUGACUUCUGGUGGUGCUGAUUCUGUAAUAUUAGGAGGUGACCUUAAUGCAGAACCUCAAGAUUUAGCUUAUAAAAUCAUUUGUGGCGUUGCUGGUUUGGCAGAUGCUUGCUCAAAUAUUUCAAGUAAUUUAGGGACCAAUGAGUGUGCCAAUAAUAGUUAUACAAGUUCUAAACUUGCAAGAACUUGUCCUGAGGGGAAACGUAUAGAUCAUAUUUUAUAUCAAGGUUCAAAGAAUGUUAAGAUAGAGGUAACAAAUUUUCAACACCCAUUUCCAAAACGGAUACCUUACAAAGACUUCAGUUAUUCUGAUCAUGAGGCUAUUAUGGCAACUUUUAAAUUUAUUCCUGGUGAAUUUCAAACUAUAAAUGUAGAUGUUAAAGAUUCAAUAAAGGAAGCCAUAAGUAUAUGUGAAACGUCAUUGAAAACGGUUCGUCGGCAGCGAUUUUGGUAUCUAUUGGUUUGCUGUAUAUUAAUUAUACCACUUGUUUGGUCUAUGGGGUUAGACUGUUCCUUUACAUCUCUCGAUGUAACUAUUGGACUUAAUGUAAUACGUAUCUUUUUAACAGCAAUAUUAUGUUAUAUUUUGUUCAUGAGUUCUCUAUGGAAUAGCGUAGAAACAAAUGCUUUGAAAGCAGGAUGUUUAGGAAUGGAAAUUUAUUUGGCAAAUUUAAAUAAUAAUUUAUGUAAAAAAUAAGUUUGUGUACAUUUUGCAAGAACAUAGUUCAAAAUUUGAACUUCCUUUUUAAACUAUUCCAUAAUUUUUUAAAUCAAAAGAAUCAAAUAGUAUCAUUUUUAAUAAGAAUAUAUUUUCUUACUAAAAAAGUAUAAUUCUUAAUGAAUUAUAGCAUUUACAUACAUUAAUGUACUCAGUAUUAUAUUAUUAUGCGACAAUAAUCAAAUUAAAGCAUAAAAACAUAUAAAACAUCUCAUUUUUAUAAAUUGGAUAAAAUGCAUUAACUAUCUUUUAUAUAACUUCGUAAAGUCACAAUUUCAAUUCUAUAUAGAUAAUAAAUUAUAAUACUUUUUGAAACUAAAUUUCAUAUGGAAUAAAAAGAAAAAGUACUUAAUAGAUAUUAAAUAUUAAAAAUGAAAGAAUAAAUAAGUUACAAAAUCUUGUUACAUUAAUUGAUAAAUUAAAUAACGAACGUCAUUUUAACUAUUAUUCUGUUAAUUGUGUUUAUUACAACUUAAUUGUUAUAAAACAUUUAAAAAAGUGUUUUAAGAUAAAAUCUUAUUCCGUUAUGUAAAAUUUUAUUUUGCAAUAAUAUACUAUUUUAAUUACUAUUAAAGAUAAAAGUCAGUAAUGAAUAAAUUAACAUAUUUUAUAA